AAAAUAGGUUUUAACUGUAAGUUGAUAGAAUUUCCGAUGCUCUUUUGUUAAAUGGUGUUAAUGCAUAUUGUUUUUCUCCAGAGAAUUGAAGAGUUUGUACUUGCAUUUCGCCCGAGGAAGAGAGAAUCUGAGCAGAAGGAGGAACACACACCGCGAUGGACUGGAGGGAGGGAGAGGGCGCCGCAGGAGGGGGAGCUGAGGGGGCUGAGGAAGGCACUGCUGUGGUCCCCGCGGGUUUGCAGGCGCUACUGGCGAGGUGCAGUGAACUGUACCCCGGCCAGCCCAACCCCCUGCAAGUGACUGCCCUCCUAAAGUACUGCUGGAACCAUCCUCCCUCCUGCUGCCUGGAUUCGGGUACAUUGACGUUAGGGGGCCCAGACCCCUUGGACUACAUCAGCAUGUAUGCAAAUCCAGGAAAUCCUAAACUAAACAUCCCUCCUCACUGGCACUAUGUCAGCUUUGGCUGCUCUGACUUGCAUGGUGAUGGCAGAGUGCAUGAGCAGACAGGGCCUGAGGGUCCCAGUGGGUUUGGAUUUGAGCUGACAAUGCGGCUCAAGAGAGAGGAAGGAGAGAAGAGUCCCCCAACAUGGCCUGCUGCCAUCAUGCAGGCCCUCGCCAAAUAUGUCUUUCAAUCAGAAUCUAUCUUGUGUGUGGGUGAUCAUGUGUCCUGGCACUGCCCACUUGACAACAGUGAGUCCCGGGUGCAACACAUGCUGAUGGCUGAGGAUCCACAGUUGGGAUCUGUCAACACUCCUAAUGGCAGUGUGCAGUUUGUUCAGAUUGUGGGGGUCACCACAGAGGAGCUGCGAGCUGCUCAACACUGGAAUGGUGUGGGUGUGCUGGACAUCAUGAAGAGGAUGCCCAGUGCAGGUGGUUUAUGGCUGGUGACAGACAUGCGUCGAGGGGAAAGCAUCUAUGAACUGGAGCCAUCCGUUGCUGAGGAAGUUGAAAACGGAAUUGAGAGUGAAGGAUCAAAUCUCUCAGGAGUGUCUUCAAGGAUAGUCUGGGCAGAGACAGAGAUGGGUGGCACUCUGGCACCUUUGUCUGCACAUUCUCCUAAGACUCAGACAGAGCUGGAGAGUGAGUCUAUGCCACGCAUUACUCAUGUGGAGAGUGAGCAGAUUAAGACAACACUACAGAAAGGCCUCUUGCAGGGAGGCAAGAGUUGCAGCACACAGGGCAAGGAAGCCAGUGAAGCAAAUGUGGAGGGUAAUGUGGCAACCUCCGAUUCUGCUGAACUCUUUGUGACAAGGCGGCUAGAAUCCUUGCACCUCACCAUCAAUCUGGAGUCAGGUGCCCUGCUCCCUCUUGCACUCAGAGGACGUCUGAAACAUGGCCGCCAUUUCACCUUCAAGUCUGUGGUGGAUGUUAGUGCUGUAACACUGGUAUCCCCUGCUGUGGCUGGUGCCUUUGUGGAUGCAACUUGUCCCUAUGCUGUCCGAGGGCCAUGGUUGCAAGUCUUUAUACCUGAUGACUUCUUACCCACAUUGGUUGAAGACCUGGCAGACCUGGCAGACCCUGAUGAGGUUUCUCUGCCAACCACCUUCAGGUGGCCCAACAGGAAGCUUACCAUCACAAUUGUUGCAGAAGAAACAUAGACAUUUUUUCUUUACUGAAAAUACCUGCAAAUACUAUGAGUUACUACUGCCUGUGUUUUUAUCAGUAGUGCACUUAUAAUGGUUCAUUGUACAUUAAUUUGUGUUGUUAUGUGAUUAUUUAUUUUAAUGAAUCUCACAUUGAGGUUAUAUAUAGCAUCUGUUCACUAAGAAUCGGUAUUCUAUUUCUCUUUUCAAGGUUUUUUACUAAUUUAAUUAGUACUGAGAAACUGCAGAAAUUUUAUUAGUGUAACUAUUUUGUACAAUUUUGAAUUGCUGUUAGUUCAUAUGUUUCCAUGAUUUUUAUCAGUACCUUCCAGUCUUAAAAUAAUUUCUUUCCCACAGCAGGAAUGAUGUGCCAAUAAUAUAGUUUAAAUCAUAGAAAGAUUUUAUAAAAAAUAACCAGUCUUUUUCUGUUUUUAUUAGAUGUGUGUAGUUCAGAUGACAGCAGCUAAAUUCAUUUUUAGAAAUUAUUCCCUCACAACUAAGUGCCUUUUACGAAUGCCUUCAAUAAACAAACCAGUUUAAACAAAGCUAUAGUUUUAGUAAAGGGUAUAGUUUUCAUAUACAUUCAUAUUGGUGAUUUGUACUGUGUAGAUUAUAGGUAGUUUUCAGCACAGGGUAUGAAAAGGGGAUCAUGCUACUGUUUUCAAAUUGCAGCACAAAAUCAUUAAAGCAGUAAAAACCUGCUUGUAGAAAACAUCCUGAUCUUAUAUACACAGACUGUUAGAUGUGCCAUGUAAUCAUCACAGACAGGACCAGGUGUGCUUUGACUAGGAUUGCACAUGCAUUAUGAAAUUGACAAGUAAAACUAUUUAGUACUAUUACAAUAAUAAUAAUAUUGUAUUUUGUUAUUCCGUUUUUUUAAAUUUUUUUAUUUAUUUAUUUAUUUAUUUAUUUAUUUAUUUAUUUUAUUCAUUUUUUAUUUAUUUAUUUAUUUAUUUAUUUAUUUUUUUUUUGUCAAUAAUAUAUUACUGCUGAAGAAAGCCUUGACAGUGGUACACUAUAACAAAACUAUUAUGUACUGAGCAUUUAGGUGUGGGCCCCUUGGAGGUCUGACUCUCUGUUUCCCUGCCAAAUAUACCUGUGCCACCUGUAAGACGAUCUGAAAAUACCUUCAACUUCAGUUUGAGGUUCUCCAUCAGCUUCUUUUCAGAUUUAAUUAUUUAUAUAUUUAUUAUAUAUAUAUAUAUAUAUAUAUAUAUAUAUAUAUAUAUAUAUAUAUAUAUAUAUAUAUAUAUAUAUAUAUAUAUAUAUAUAUAUAUAUAUAUAUAUAUAUUUUUUUAUAAAUAAGUUCUUUCUCACUACUGUGAAGCACACGGGCAUGUGCAGGUGUGGAAGGGAUGUUUUCACCUGACCUGUGCUGCAUGGCUUUGGCUGGUCACUGUCAUUUUAGCAAUGUUAGAAAGCAGCAUUGUCAAGUGUCAUGGUGCAUACAACAAAAUUAUUGCUAUUAUCCUCAGAGAAAUUAAACAUUCAUGAUAUUUUCAUCCUUAUUAAAGAAAUGGAUGUAUUCAGAUUCAUCUUGAAGCAAGAAAUAGUUAGCAUAUCAGACAGAAGGAUGAGUGUUGUGGCUGAUAUGGCAGAGUGAUGGCCAGGAGAAUCCCCACGGGGGCCACAACUAAAUGCUCAGCAAGAAAUUGUUUUACUAUAGAUGGUGUUCAUUUAUGUUAAAUUCUAUAGUACAUGUAAAGAUAGUUUCACUUGUUAAUGUGAUAAUCAUUAUAAAAUCUAAACCAUGUAAUGGUGCCUAAAGCAGUUUUCAUUUUCAUCUACAAAAGUUUACAUUUUCUUUAUUUAUAUGUAUAGAAACAGGUGUUCCUAAGUAUUUCUUUGGAAUAUUCAAAGAAAAGUGAAGAUAAGGUAGGUAGGUACUCAAGAUUCACAUUUAUAUCCUUUUGAGACACUAGCCCAGAAAUACUGGAUUGUGGAUUUUCUUUGUAAAGGAGGCUGGGUAAGGGUUACAA